GUCUGAACUUUCCCGGGUACCCAGCACAGGCUGGAGGAGUAGGGAAUGGAGAAACUGCUCCUCAGGUUUUGCUUUCCUUUCGGGGCUGUCAGAGCCAGCCGCCCCUCCCAUACAGUCAUAUCCUUGCAACAAGAGGGCAGGGUGCCUUGUCAGGCCAUUGUUCUAUGGACAGGACUACAACUGCUCCAGCCAUGCCCACUUUGGCGGGGGGGGGGGGGAGUGAGCUGAUUCUGGGACUGCUCUGCUCCCUGCACACAGGCCUGCCUGGCAUGAUUGCCCGCUGCAGGCUCUGUACCACUUGUUUCGCACUAUCUUCAUCCACUGCUCUGGGGCUCUGCGCUGCUUAGCCUGGUCCUGGGCAAGGGCGAACCCCAGGCCUGCUGGCAUGUUUGGGGGCACCUUGGUAGAGGCCUUUGCAGCUGUUCUGCAUCACCCGCCAAGGCUCUCCCAGCAGGUCCUGGGUCCUGGCUCUAAGAGCUGAGGGUUCUCCCACGCUGGGAGAAAUCACUUUGUAGCCAUUUGUGGCUCCCUACUCCCUCUCCCCUACCUGGGCACUGUAUUGAGGUCAAACUCCCAGCUCUCCCCUCUGCUGUAGGGGUGCCACUCAUUGGGGCCUAUUGCCCCCUUCCAUGUAUGAGCUGAUGCGGAUGACCUUGGCUUGACCUUUUCAUUUGGAGGGUAGGGCUGAGGUGAGGUUGGGGGGCCCUGUCAGGGCACCAGCCAGCAGCCGCCUCCAGUCUCUUGGGGCCUCCACGCGGUUCAUGGAAGGCUCCGGCUUCGUGCGGCCCCUUCCUGCCUUCACCUCCCCGGGUCUGCGCCAGUCCUUCCUGCCCCGCAUGGCUCAGUGGACGCUCAGUGCCCCUGCCCUGUGCCCAGGUGGUGUUUGGGAAGAAACUCCCGGCUUUCGCCAGCAUCUCGCUUUCGCAACUGCAGCACGAGAAGACCUACGACAUCUACUUUGCCGACAGCCAGGUGUUGGCCUUGUACAGCUGCUGCAGCAUGAAUGUCCACGCUGCCUGGACCUGCCGGCCUUCAACCUCUUUGGGGACCUGGAGCAGCACAUGAGGAAGCAGCAUGAGCUCUUCUGCUGUAAACUGUGCCUCAGACACCUCAAGAUCUUCACCUUCGAGCGCAAGUGGUACUCACGCAAGGACCUGGCGCGGCACCGCAUGCAAGGGGACCCUGAUGACACCUCACACCGUGGACACCCCCUCUGCAAGUUCUGUGAUGAGCGCUACCUAGACAAUGAUGAGCUGCUCAAGCACCUGCGCCGGGACCAUUACUUCUGCCACUUCUGCGACACCGACGGUGCUCAGGACUACUACAGUGACUAUGCCUACUUGCGUGAACAUUUCCGGGAGAAGCACUUCCUAUGUGAGGAGGGUCGCUGCAGCACCGAGCAGUUCACGCACGCCUUCCGCACCGAGAUCGACCUCAAGGCCCACAAGAUGGCCUGCCACAGCCGCAACCGCGCUGAGGCCCGGCAAAAUCGCCACAUCGACCUGCAGUUCAACUAUACGCCUAGACACCCACGCAGGGCUGAGGGGGUGGUGGGCGGCGAAGACUAUGAGGAGGUGGACAGGUACCACCGCCAGAGCCGUGCAGGCCGGGCCGGCGGGCGUGGAGCCCAGCAGAGCCGUCGAGGAAGCUGGAGGUACAAGAGGGAAGAAGAAGACCGGGAAGUGGCCGCUGCCAUCCAGGCCUCGGUAGCUGCUCAGCAGCAGCUGGACACAGGCAGGAGUGAGGAUCGGGAGGAGGCAGGGACGCGGGGCCCUGAAGAAGCCCGAGGUUCCUGGCGACCCACCCGGACUCAGGGCGAAGGCCCAGGCCCUAAAGAAGCCUCCGUGAAUGGGCCUGUAAGCCAGAAUCUCUUCCCAGCCAGCAGUCCUGCAGCCGUGCCUGUGCUUGGAAGUUCCCUCAGGCCAGCCCCAGUGAAGCUCAAGGACGAAGACUUCCCCAGUCUCUACGCCUCCACAUCCUCGGCCUCUGCCCUGGCAGUGACCUCAGCACCCCACCUGGCAUACCCCCCUCGGCCUCGGGGCAGGGGUGCCUUCCAAGAGGAGGAUUUCCCAGCCUUGGUUCCUUCAGCUGCCAAGCCCACUGCUGCCCCCACCAGCCUCCUCUCUGCCUGGAACAGCAGCAAAAAGGGGGCCAAACCCAGCCCCGGGGCCCUGGCUACCAGGAAGGCGGGGAAAGGGGGCAAGGGCGGGAAGAAGGGCGGACUGGGCCCUACAGAGGAGGAGCCUCCGGGUACACCCCCUGUGGGGACUGGGCCCACCCUGCUGGCCUCUGGGGCCAUCCCAUCUUUCACCAAGGUGGGCAAGAGGAAGAAGGUGGGCUUGGAAAAGCAGGGGACCCCAUCUCCCCCGCCACCACCCUCUGAACAGGCUGGACCUCCGGGUGCUGAGCACACACGCCUGGUCCCAUCUGACAGCAGGGAGGGGCCAGCAGGUGUCAUUGUCAAUGGACACUCAGAGGCACCGGCCCUGGCCCGAGGCACUCCCAAGGAACCCCCGGGGCUCCUUCGGCCCCCAGGCUCUGCACCCCAGGAAGACUUCCCAGUGCUCAGCAGCUCCUGCCCACCCAGGAUGCCACCUCCCCCAGGUGGGCUACCUGCCACCAGGUGGACUGCAGCAGAGCAUGGGGCUCUGCCACACUGGACUCCGGGGGGCAGUGGGGGGUGCAGGCUAGUUGCAUCUGACCAAGGUGGGUCAUGCUCUGCCCGGGACUGCCACCCCCCAGGUUUCAGCCCUGGGGUGGUGCUGAAGAGUACACCCCCCCCACCGCCGCCUGGGCUGGUGCCCCCUGUGAGCAAGCCCCCACCUGGCUUCUCCAGCCUCUUGCCUGGCCCCCACUCCAGCAGCAGCGCAAAAGUACCCAGGCCACCUGAAGCGCAGGCCUACCUAGAGCCCAAGCGCUUUCGGGAGCGGAACCUGCAGCUCAUCCGGGCCAUCAAGGACUUCCUACAGAGCGACGAGACACGCUUCAGCCAGUUCAAAAGCCACUCUGGCGAGUUCCGCCAGGGUGUCAUUUCCGCAGCCCAGUAUUACCAGAGCUGCCAGGACCUGCUUGGUGACAACUUCCCCAAGAUCUUCAAUGAGUUGCUGGUGCUGCUGCCUGAUGCCACCAAGCAGCAGGAGCUACUAUCAGCCCACACCGCCUUCCGAGGCCGAGCGCAGCCUGGCACCAAGGCACGGCGGAACAAGAAGAGUGCUUGGCAGGCCGGUGGACACGAGGACUUGGCCUGUUGUGUGUGCCCCACCUGCCAGCAGGUCUUAGCACACGGUGAUGUGGACGGCCACCGUGCACUGCAUGCCGCCCACAAUGACGACGACUUCCCAUCCCUCCAGGCCCUCGGCAGGGUCAUCAGGUAGCCCCUGCCAUUGUGCGGGCCGCACGUGCCGCACUCAGAGCUGCUGCCCUUCCCUAAGAGCUGGCCACUAGCUCAGGCCCCUCAGUGGCCAUCCCAGGGGGGUCUCCGGUAAGCCCUGACCUGGUGGUCUGCAGGGGCCGCCCCCCAUCUUCUGGGGUAGCGCUGGGCCAUCUCUGUUCCUGGAAGGUGCCAGGGAGGCCAGCCGGAGUGCAGCUCCCUGUCCUGGCUGUGGGACCAGAGCCUCUGUGCCCAGGCCCUGAGCUGGGUGCCAGGGCCCACCAGUGCCAGAAUCGGGGUUGAGUGUGUUGUACAAAUGGUUGGCUGUUUGGCGGUUCCAGUCGUUCAGGAUUAAAAACCAGACGUGAAACUGCGCUACUUGAAGUCGAAUCUUUUUGAGACAAGUUGAUCUGGGAUCUCAAAUUGCCUCUGACCUUUUAUAAUAAGACAGUUUAUCUUCAAAUAAAUUUAUUUUACAAUAAUGCA